GCCAACGCACGACCUGGAGAGAUAACCACGUGAACUGACCACUCGCUGGGCUACCUAGUGACGGGUGGCGUAAGCUCGCGCGCUCGUAACUCAGAUCUCGGCUCGUAUCUUAAAGCAAAAAAAAAAAAAAAUCUACCGAGCGACGGCUCGUAUCUCGGAAAACUCUUAAGUUGAUUCAGUCGUAAGUCAAGGUUACACUGUUUACAUAAAACUUUAUCCUUGUUUUAUCCCUAAUGAGCAAGCCUGAGGCGACGAUGGUGAGGAAAAACUCCCUGAGAUGAUAUGAGGAAGAAACCUUGAGAGGAACCAAGCUCAGCAGGGAACCUCGUCAUCAUUAAGAAGGCCAGUUGCUGUUGACGUCAAAGCGAUUUCUACCAUUACAAUAAGAUGGCGGAGUGCCAGAAACUUUUAUUGAGAGUUUAUAUUGCUUCUGACAUUGCCCACAAGAUGACCUUUUCUACACGCCCAACUACAGUAGAAGAGCUGAUUACAGCGAUUAGAGAGAAAUUCAGACCUUGUCUUGAUUUUGAUUUCAGCCUCCAAUAUGAAGACCCAGAUUUUGGGGGGCAACUCUGCUUUCUAACAGACAUUUCAGAACUUCCAGAGAAGGCUGUAUUAAAAAUACACAGAUCUGAGAGUGAUGCCAGCUCAGCUGCAACUUCAGACACUGAAAUACUCCCUCAUACCCUGGUACGCAUGCAGAGUUGGCCUGACGUGUUCCCAGUUCCUCGAUUUUCAUAUGAUGUUGAGUACAGACUAGAAGCUGGAAAUGCAGUCUAUGAAAACAGCAGAAGGUCUUUAAAAUUAACAAAAGGCCAAAAACAUGACAUUCUAGAAAAUAUGGCCAAGGCAAUGCACAGCUUCAAGGCUUACCCCAGUGACAAAGAAGUUGCAAAAGCAGCAGAGGCUCUUAUUUCUAAGCACCCAUGCCUCACAGAACCAGGAAGUCAGUGUGGAUGGUAUGGCUGGAAGACAAGUUUAAAGUUUAAGAUGGGCAACUAUCGCACAAAACUCAGCAGAUCUGGUUGUGAAGAGGUGGCUGUAAACUCGGGGAAGAGAAGCCAAAGUAACCCAGAGAGUGAGCCUCCCCACUCCAACAUCAAAAGAGCUCGUCGAGCUGAGGUAAACUACCUACCAAACUUUCCAAGGCGAGAGAAUGCUGAAAGCCUGGAACAGCUAAGAUUGCAAAUUGUUGAGGAAGUGUCCAAAGCAGAAAGAAGUCAUGGGCUAAUAGAAAGACUCAUGCAAACUACAUUUGCUCUGCGUCGCAAACAGAUUGUUGUAGAUAACCCAUCACAACCAGUGAAGGACUUUUUGGAAAAGUGGCCUGCACUUCGACUGGAAUCUCAGAUUUCUGCAGAAUUUCAUAGAAUAACGAAUAUCAACUUGAAGAACAGGUUCUAUGCAGAGCUGGACAAACAUACUCCUCGACUCAUGGCUGUCUACAGGCAGAAGGCUGCCCGCACUGGCAAGAUAGCAGAAGCAUUGAGAAGCAUAUUUAAUGCCUAUGAUCUUCUGGAGCACUUUGAUAUCAAUAACAGACGUACAGCUGCACUUCGAGCUCUCCCUGUUUACUUGCGUGAAGAUGACUCUGUCUUUUUCAAGACGUGGAAUACUGAAGAGAUGGAAGAGCCAGACAUUGCAGAUUCAGCUGUAGCUCUUCUAAGCAUGGUGAAUGGAGACUCAAGGUCCACUGUUCAGUUUGACCCUACUGGGAUGGCUAUUGUGCUGGAAGGUGACAUUAUUCUGAGGGACAUUUCCAGGAUGUCUGAUGCUUUUCUUUUGAUAUUUGGCAUGAUAUAUGCAUUACAUCUGGAUUAUCCAAAAGAGCUGACUCACACCUUCAACUUCAUUCAAAAAGUGUUACUGGGCUUAGAUGACGCAAAGCCACUAGCACCCCGAUUGCUAAGCCUUAAAAAUGAUCUACUGAUAAAGGAGUAAGAGAUGUGAAUGUACGAUCCCUGUACACUUCAUUUUCUUUCUUUCUUUUUCUUUUUUCCAGUUGUGACUAAUAUGGCAAUGUUCUGUUUAAAUAUUUGAAGAUUUGAAAUAUUUUAUAUUAUAUAAAAGAUUUGAAGUUUUGAAGUAUUCCAUGACACAGGAAAAAAAACUGAGUAAGAGAUUUUUACUCAUCGAUUAUUAUUUCACUUGUUUUGACUAAUACAGUUACGGUAUAUUGUAACUGAGCUCAGGUUUUCAAAGUUUUCAGAAAACAGAUUUUUUUGUGUUCAUGUAUAUUUGAUUUUUGUUUAAGGGCAGAAAACUAUUCUGUUGUAUAUUUCCAGAAUUUCUACAUAUUGUGUCACUUUAUUUAUUUAUUUAUUUUUUUCAAAAGCUAAUGGCAAGAUGUUAAUUCAUGAAGACUGAAUGCUCCUUUUGAUUGAAAUA